AAAACAUAAAGAAAAGGAAAUAUGGUAAGUAUAACCCAGGAAGAAAAUUAAGGCAGAAAGGAUUGACGUUGUGUUGGUGCAUGAAUAGAGCGCUUCGUCGAUCCGAUUCAGAAAAAAAAAAAAAAAAUGGGUUCGAAUCCGUCGUUUGUUCCUCAGAUCGGCCCCGAUGGCAUCCCCAGAGAAUCUCCCGUUAUCAGUUACACCGAACAGAUAAUCGAAGCAGAGCAACUUCAAUUGAAGAAGUACAUUCAAGAAAACUAUUCGAAAAUUCGCGAUGUCGAGCGGGAGCUUGCAAAUCUUGGAUUGGAGAUGAAGCUUACAUCUGGACCAAAGAAAGCAGCGCUGGAGCAUUUGAGGAAGAAGAUAGAGGCAUCAACCGAGAAAGUUCGUGUGGCAAAGCUAAAGGAAGAACAAGCACGUGUGGUGUGGGAAUCAGCAUCAAAAGCAGUGAGGGAUGAAGAAGCAAUCAAGCAGAAGUUAUGUGAAGACUUGAGCAAACUGGUUGAAGAGAGCAAUAAAUCUCAGUUGUCUAGGCUGGAGGAACUGAAAAGACGAUUGGAAGCUAUGAAUCCUAAUCGAAGUUCAACUAUUCUUCAAAAUGAUGGGAGAUCAACUUCUCUGGACAGUGCAAGCCCAGAUGGUUCUGUUUCCAACACAAGGGAAUCAAAUGGAGGACUGGUUGAGAAUGUUCCAAACAAAAAUAAUGGUCAGGGUCAGGAAGUUCCAGUGACGAAUGAGCAUAAACUGCAGCCUCCUAGUGAAGGAGAAGGAAGAAACAAAAAGAAAAUUAACUUUCAGUCAAGAGGCAAAGGAAUUGGUGCAGUGCCCAAGACUAGAUCUUCAACUCCUGGCUGGACUGGUUCUGGCUUUGAUGUAGAUGGCAGAACAUGAGGCUGAGAGUACAAUGGUAAUACGUUACUGCACUAAAUGCAUUUUGGCUGAGAAGUCAUUACAGUCAGUACAAGGUAAUAUUUUCAAUUUUCCAUUCUUUAUACCCGUUAACUUGAAAGUUGUAUUGUUUUAGUAACAGUUUGUUGACAGUUCACACAGAAUGACUGACCUGAUGAUUUAUUUAUUUCUGCUAGACUGCUUGUACAAAUUUGUGUAGGAUAAUUUCACCGAAGAACAGAUCAAUUCAUCAAGUCUUCAAGUUAGAUUUGUCCUUCUGAGUAUGCAACCCCGCACUUCAAUUUUGAUUUCUUUGUUUUGAACUAAUGAUUGACCCUGACCUCUUUUUCACUCUUUUCUGACAAAUUUUGUUAUGGCAAUCUUCUGAUGAAACGAAACAACUGCCAUUGCUUGAGACAUCUCAAGAAGGUGCGGUUGUUUUUUUGGUUCAAAAGCUUCCGAAGAAAACUUUGAAAAAAUGAAUGAGUUUUCAACUUCAAUAUUUACCAAACAUGGUGGGAAAGAAACUAAAUCCCACUUAAACCAUUUUGUCCAUCCAAUAAGUUUGUGGUUCAGUUGUUAUUGGUUCAUGUCCUUUGGGUUCUACGUGUGAUUUUGGUGGCAGAGGUUGUGAUUCGAUUUUCUGCCAAGUCAUCUUUUUCUGCUCUAUUAUCCGGGUAUUGUUGCACUUUGACUCCCCCCUCCCAAAAUUAAAAAAAGAAAAUCAUAGAUUAUGUAAGAAACAAUUGCUUAAUUAUUUGAACUUGCAUUUCCUCA